UCAAUAUGGCGGAUUAAAAAUGAACAAGAAACCAGAAUAUAUUAAAAAAAAUGUCUCAUUCGUUCAAUUUGAAUGGUUUAGUUGAUGAUUUUGACGAGAGAAGCCAAUCAUUGUCAUCUCCAGCUGGUAGAGUGGACUCCAUCGAUGCCAUCAGUAAGAAAAUAAGCAGCUUGGACACAGAGUUGACCUCAUUCUGCCCAGAGAGUGAACUAGUUAUUGACAGUUACGCAGACGUUCAAACAUCAUCGAGUAACGACAACGUUUUCGGUUUUGGAAAUCUUGAAAUUGAUUACCGGUUUCCAAAAAAUGUCGCAAGCAGAUCCAACGUUUCAACAAGAGAGAAAGCGAAGAAAGAUGUGAAUAAGUUUGCAGGCGUUUAUUCAAUGAGAACUGUCAUGGCUAAAAAUGGAAAUCCUCUUCAUGUUGGCGAAGAAGAGACAAAACUUGCUGAAAAUCGGUACAAGAAGAAACUAUUAACCAAGGUUCACAAUAACCCAACAACAGCCGUUUCUAAAAGGCCCAUGCUGGUAGAGUUACACACUUUUCCCGGGUUCAAUAAAGACGAACUGACUCCGUUACCGGCCUCUCUGUCAACGAAACAUGUUUUAGACAUCGUUACCCGCGCUCAGGAAGAUUUGCUGAAGAAACCCAGUUUUAGAAAAGAAUUUAAAAGAAUGUUUCACAGCUCUCCAUCUCAAGCCAUUGUUCAGGACAUUUUUUGGUGGUUCUUUAUUGAAAAGUAUCAGUCGUGUCCCGAGGUGCAAAGUCAGCUGUUCUCUCGCGUAGCGUGCAAUUACGUCAACCUUAUCAUAAGUGGCUCUGAAAAUAUUCAUCGUGAGGCAUUCUUCAAGCGUUUUCCGUCUCUGGUAUCUCAAGCGGUUUACACCGUAUUUUGUCGAGCAUUUCCGACUUCCUACCGGCAGUUUGACGAUCGUUUCAAACAAGAUCUUGCCGAUGUUAUAUUCCUGUGGAUUGUGGGAACGCGGCCUAUUCGGCGUGUUUGGGAGAAAUGGCCUCUGGCAUCUCUUGAACCAGAAGGCAUGAACAAAGAGGAAGAGAUUCAAAAAAAUGUCUCAAAAGAAUUCGCUCUGGGUUUAUUCGGCUCGGAAUCCGUUCAAAGUAUGAAUCAUCCUUCACAAGUCGGAAAGCCCGAGCGAGGACGGAGAAUGUCGAGAGUUUACGGUCGUAGGUCGUUCGCAGAUGAGCUGACAGCUGUGCCUGUCUCUGAAGAACAAGUUGCAAAGAAGAAAUCAUCUCUCAGGAGUAUACAUCGUAUAAACGAGAGUGACGAGAACGUCACGGCCAAUAACGAAACGGUUACCUCGAAUAAAAGAUCAUCGCUCAGGAUGAGUUUUAGCCGACUAGAGGCAGUCCAACCAGGGGAGAAAUUGGUUGAGAGAAAUGAAACACAUUCUGAUCCUAAAUUAAAUAUUUCUAACUCCUUUCAGUCAACAAAUACAGGUGAUUCGUCGUUGCUGAGAAAUUCAAGAAAACGCGAGUCUUGUCAUGCGGGAAAAGGCCCGGAAUUCCAAAAGGUUGUUUUUGAUCUUCAUGGCCAAAGUCCGUUGGUGAAGCAUUUCCUUCAGAACAAGCGGCUUGCGAAAGAUUCCGGGACCUCAAUCCUCGUACAAAGGACAGAAAUCGACAAACUACCCCCUAUAAAUGCGCCAACGUAUAGUGAUGUCAUCAAAGAGUCGCUGAAAUCUUCUCACAACCUUGAGAGGCAAAUACAAUGCUUGCUAGAUCAAAUGUCAAAUGAAAGAGCGGUUUUUGGACGGCAACAGAGGAAGGACAGAGAGGAAUUCAAAAAGAAAGAAAUGCAAGUGUUGUCGCGACAAAAAGAAGUGAAGAAAAUAAGUGAUUUAAUCCUUCUUCGAUUGGCCAAAGAAGACACUCCGGAGAACGAGAAAUUGAUAUCCGCGUCGAUAGCGAACAUGUUAAAACUAGAUGAAGAAUUAUUUAAGUCGUAAUAUGUAAAUUUCUUUGUAUAUAGAUAUAAUUAUCCUAUUUUAAUAUGCGUCUGAUAUUUGAUUUUUAUAGACAUGCAUGCACAAUUAUAUUAGAGAUGCGUCGUAAGUA